AAAUUCUGUGGUGAAAGCAGAAAGAUUCCAUCAAAACCAGACGAAACAAAACCGGCUGCAUGUCCUGUGGCUGCUCACUGCCAACCCUGAUUAAGAGAGGUGAACUGCUCUCUGCAUUUCAUAUUGAAUGGAAACUGCUGAGUUCUAUUACGUUUAUUACUUAGCUCAGGAUUAUCUGCAAUAUGUGCUCCAGGAAUCACAUCUUGGGCCAGCCCAGACCAGGGUUGCUCAUGUCUUGAGAAGCAUUGCAUCUUCCCUGCAAGACCAAACCGAGGAAGCUCUCAGGCCACUCCUGGACAGGAUUGACAUCACCUCUGUAGCUGUUGCCAAGAGAAUUUUCAAUGGAGUCAUGGAGGAAAAGUUUGCUGAUGGAAAUACUAACUGGGGACGAAUUAUGACCAUAUUUACGUUUGGAGGUCUUCUCACCAAGAAGCUUCAAGAGCAUGGGGUUCAGCUGACUGCAGAAGAGAAGGAGGAGAUCUCUUAUUUCAUCACAGAGUACAUCAUAAACAACAAAGCCGAAUGGAUUGAUGCAAACGGUGGCUGGGAAAAUGGCUUCCUAACAAAGUUUGAAAGAAGACCACUACUGUCUUUCUCCAAAAUCACAGCCCUACUCAUAGUUGUUGUUUCCUUGUUCAAAAAGUACUACUGAAGUAAAAGGAUCUGCCAUUCACGUGUAACCUAGAUACUGCCACAAGCUUCACUUCUCAGCCUUCCUCCAAGCAAUAUCAACAAGAGAAUAAUUUCCUUCCCUGAUCUGUUUUUAAUUUAUUUGUAUUUAUUUUGACUAAAUACAAUGUUUAACAUGCUAUCCUAAUUACCAAAUCUGAAGAUGAGAUCCUUCCAAAGGGGAAUCUGCACAACAUCAUGCAGAAUUCAAGUCCACCUUUCCAGGCAGGAUUGCUUUGAGAUCAUUUUCCACAUGCAGACAGCUCUUGGAAUCUCUUUAGCAUCUCCAUGAAAGGACAUUGUUUUAGUGAAAUACAAUCCAAUGGGUUAAGAAACAAGUUUUUUAUGUCAUUUGUUUUGUAAAUGAAAUACUACUGUAAUGCAUUUUAUUGCAACCUCUGUACAAGAAAAAGGGGGGGGGGGGGUGGUUUGUGAAGAAAAAAAAUGGGAACUCCAAUAUUGAAGUGGGUAGUAGAAGUUACUGACACAGACUAAGCAAAUUCUAUGGGAAGGACUGUUUGUGGGAGCUAGCAACUUAAAAACGUGCACUCACUUACUGUUAAUGCAAUGGUAUGUGUUUUUGUGCUGUAUUUUUUUAAUUGCUCACAUCUACAAUGAAUGUUCUUUCAUAUUUGUGUGAUGUAGUCAUCUGGCUGACUUUUUUUAAACUAGACAUUUUAAAAUAGGCAAGUACAGGAUAUUUUUUAAAUGAGAAAUUUGUGUAAAUACACUAAUAUUUUAAGAAAAUACAUUAAAAUAUGUAUUUUAAAGGUCUCAUUUUUUCCAUAAAAAACUGGAGCAUGGGAAAAGAUCUGCCUGAGUAAGAUAAUCUUAGAAAAGUUAUCACAAUGCUACUGGAAAAUCCAAGUAGUUUAUGGGUUUGACCUGAUGUCCAUGGAUGUCAAGACAUUCAUUUUCUGUAGUACUUUUUAGGUACUAUCUGGUAGCUUGUAUAAGGAACAGGUGUCUUGUGGCAAAAUGGAUUAACUGGAUCAGCUCCGAUGACAGUAUUAGUGUUUUGGGACAUAUCAUAAAACUCAGCAAAUUCAGAGAGUGACAUAAGAGACUUCCAGGUUUUUACAGUCUGGGGCAAUUAAUGUUUUUACUCAAAUUCCAUUUGCUUUCAAAGGCUAAACAGUAGUUCUUCAAGAAUUCAUUCUAGAACGGUUUUCUCAGCUGUAGUGACUUUCCAUUAGGGAACUAAGGCCGGGUCUAAACACUCUUCUUCUUUUUUUAGACAUGUUGGGAGGUGAACCAAACUGAGCCAGCAGCUGCCUGUGGCACACAACAGCAUUGUUCUCUGAGACAAAUCCUGUAGAAAAUCCAGGCUUUAUGACACUGAGAGAACAAAUCAGCCCCUUCUGGUAAUGGGCUCUCCAUCUUUCAUCUCAAUAUAAGACUUUGUUUUUGCAGUAAGAACAAUUGUUUACUAGAACAACCUGCCCAGGGAUGUGGUAGAGUCCCCCUUCCUUGGCACUUGUCAGGAUACAACUGAGAGGACACUAGAUAGUUUCAUCUAGGCUCCCUUUUCCAGGAAAGGUUGGGCCACGUGAGCUUUCAAGGUCCCUUCCAGCCUGAGUUGUUCUGUGAUUCCAUGGUCUAACGUGCUGGGUUUAACCAGGGAACACAAAAAGAUGUUAAUGUUUGUUAGAAUAUGGAUUUCUCCCUCCCCCUCCCCAGCGAAAACAAAAAAUAUUAUCUAGCAUGGAGGCAGGAUUUGUGAAGUAAACUUUGGCAGCAUUCAGAGGGCAAGGGACAGCUAAAGGAAAAUGCCCACCUCCAGAACACCUAUGGAAGCACCUGUCAGAAAUGACAUGUUAUGACAUAUGUGUCUUUAUUAGCAGUCUAAGUCUUCAUGGUAAGAACAGCAAUUCAUACUCAGUUCCUUUAUGAGCACUAUUGCAAGCACGUUAGCUAACACCAAUCUAUUAAUACCGCAUCCACUUCCUUUUACACUGAUCUAGUAACCUAUUUUAUACCCAGAAGUACAAUCUUUUAGUUAACUAUAAAGGGUAACUGUGUCUUUUCAAAAUGUAGGUGACACAAUAAUUUGAGAACUUGCCUUCAUGGUAAGGGCAGGGCUUAAACAAAAGAAGCCUGGAUCAUUAAUGGUCCAGUGGGCUCCAGGUUAACGUCAUCAGGACAAAACCUCCUUUUGCUCUACACUGAAGGGCAAGAAAAGCAGUGAUGAGAUGUACCACCCCAAUUCUAAGCACAGUAAAAUGUCUGAAAACAGCAGGGCUUUUAGCUAAGUUUUAUAAAAUAACACAAAUAUAACUGUCAUGUAGUUAUCCAUACAUGACACUGAGUAGUGCCCAGGUCCUGGGGCACUGCAGUUCAAGCGAUCCUUGGAUCUGCCAGGCUAUUCAUGGGAGAACAAAGUGCUGCUUCUAGAGCAAAAGGUGAGGUCAAAGAGCUGUACAAUGGCACAGCUCAUGACUUCAUCGAUGCACCCAGUAGCUAAAUUGAGAUGUCAUCAAAUGCCACAUAGAAGAGAUUUAUGAAAACACCUGUUCUCCUAUAGAAAUGUCUCUUUCUGUGCUUAAAAUCACAGAAUCAGGUUGGUAAAAACUUCUGAGGUCAUUGAGUCCAACCUCUGACUGGUCACUGCACUGUCAACUGGAGCACGGCACUAAGUGCCACAUCCAGGUCAUUUCUUGAACACUUCCAGGGAUGGUGACUCCAGCACCGCCCUGGGCAGUUAAAGGUGUGUCGGACCCAGGGGCCUCCCUUGGGACACAGCGAUGUGGCCAGCACACCUUCCCUGUGGGCACAGCACCUGGGCUGGACACCGAUGCCCACUGGAGCCACAGGCACAGCGCUGUCCUUCACAGCCUUCCCCAGAGCCUGUGGCCACCGCCGAAUGCCGCAGGGAUAUGAAACUACUUAGUAGACGGUGCUAAAACAUCCCGCCGAAAUGUACUUUCCCUUCCUACAGCAAAAUUAGAGAAGGGGAAAUUCUUUGC